AUGGAUAGAACGACGUUUGGUAGAAAAAGUUUUAACGCGCAACGGGGUCGUGUAGACAGGUUCGUAGCACCCCGCGACUCUUUCAGCGAAGUGCGCAGACGACGAUCUUGGCAUGCUUACUGCGAGACCCACCCUGUUAAAAACGAUAUUUGGUUUGGAGAACAUUUGAAAAAGGAAAAGUAUACAAAAUAUUUGGACAAAGCUCUUGAUUUGGAGUCACCAAACAAAAACGGUUCUUACAAGCAAUGGAUACGAUCAUGGCCGUGCAUACCACGAAAGAAGACGUACCUUUCAUCCGCGGAUAGCAUCUUAGACUUACCUACUUAUAGCUAUGCCACUUUUCCAGAACUCUUAGACUGGAGCAAUGAUAACAUAUUAGUGGCAGCGCUAGGUAUGAAUUACCACAAGUGGAGUUGGAGAACCCAAAGCCUAACAAGCCAAGGAUAUACGCAGAAUGAAAUACUAUGCUGCAAGUUUGACCCUAGAGGUGAACUAUUAGCUCUAGGUACCGACAAAAAGACAGUGGAAAUUCAUAACAACUCUAUGAGCAAGAGAGUGGGGAUCAACACUUGUCGCUGCGUUGAUAAAUAUAACCGUGUCUGUUCAAUAACUGCAGUCGACUGGAGUCCAACAGGAAAUUCCUUUGCUACAGGUUGCUCUUGGGGACUCGUGUCAUCAUUUUCCCGCGCCGCUACGGUCAUAAGCUGGCAGCAUUUCUUGAGAGAAGCGAUUCUCCUGGUCCGAGUAUCACCCGAUGCCCGAUACUUGGCUGUAGCAGCUGUCAACACAUCUAUGGUUUUGUUACUUACUUGGCCAACUUUGGAAAAGUACUCAAGCUUUGAAUCAGAUUGGACGAUUAGGACUAUAACCUGGCAUCCAUGGCGCAGCGCUUUGCUUGGUGUUGGUGCAGUAACUCCUGACUUGCAAGCACGUAUUGCCUUGUGGGACGCACCGACAUCUAAAGUAAAAGAAACGAGUCUAGGUCCAAAGCGAUACAGCCUAGACACAAUGCUUUUUAGCCAUCGAACCGGCGAGCUGGUUUUAAGCUUGUGGAAUUCCGACAGAGCAAUUCUUCAUCCAAAGACGUGUACUCAAUUAGUCGUGAUGAGUGAUCCAGAGACUGUAGUGGACCAGUGGGGAGAAGGACGGACUGGAUUAGAUCGAGUGCGGACUAUGGUUUUCAGUCCAGAUGGGACUAAGCUUGCCACUGCAACAUCAGACGAAGACCUAAUAAUCUGGAAUUUUCUCCCAGAAGACAAUUCAAAAAAGAAGACGAAAUGCAAAAGGUUCUCUGCAUUGCCUGUGUAUUUGGAUGAAGCGAUUCAAGGGCACUCCCUCAGA